AUGGUACCAUGCCAGACCAUCGUUGUGAUGAUGAUGGUGGUAUUGGUCACAGUGCAGUGGUUGGGGUGUACUUGUAGUUUUGCAGAAGGUUAUCCGGAAGACGAUUUGGUGGUGGUGCUUCCAGGUCAACCGAAGGUCGGGUUCAGACCAUUCGCAGGAUAUAUCAAUGUGGACUCGGAGAAUGGUCGUAGUCUGUUUUACUACUACGUCGAGGCUGUAAAAGAACCCGACACUAAGCCCUUAACCCUUUGGCUUAAUGGAGGUCCAGGUUGUUCUUCAGUUGGUGGAGGAGCUUUCACUGAGUUAGGUCCAUUUUACCCCACAGGCGAUGGUCGUGGCCUCCGCAUUAACUCCAUGUCUUGGAACAAAGCCUCGAAUCUGCUAUUUGUGGAGUCACCAGCGGGAGUAGGAUGGUCAUACUCGAACAGAAGCUCUGAUUACAACACCGGGGACAAGUCUACUGCUGAUGAUAUGCUUGUGUUCUUGUUGAGAUGGUUCAAGAGGUUCCCAGAGUUGAAGUCUCGCAACCUCUUUCUCACUGGCGAAAGCUACGCUGGACAUUACAUACCUCAGUUGGCUGACGUGAUACUUACCUACAAUUCACGCUCAAGUGGGUUCAAAUUCAACAUCAAAGGCAUUGCAAUUGGGAAUCCACUUCUGAAGCUUGACAGGGACUCUUCAGCUGCAUACGAGUUCUUUUGGUCGCGUGGGAUGAUCUCUGAUGAAAUGAGACUCACAAUCAUGAGCCAAUGUGACUUUGCCAAUCCCAAGAACAUGAGCAAUGCAUGUAUAAAUGCUAUCGUUGAAUCCAGCGUCCUCACUGAGUAUAUCAACAGUUAUCAUGUUCUUCUUGAUGUAUGCUACCCGUCUAUUGUCCAGCAAGAGCUGAGGCUCAAGAAAAUGGUUAGCCCCCUUUCCACAUGUACAGCACAAUACGUCGAGAACGCCGGCCAGUCGUGUGGCGAAGACACCAUCUUCACCAAAUCAGCGCAGUCUGAGUGGAACGCCACAUCACGGUAA